UCAGGCCCAAAUCACCGAAGCUCGGAGGCCUGGCCUUAUCGCUUCCUAUAACAUCUAUCGGAUCUCGUACACGAGCACAGUUAGGGUUUUCUGCACAGAGCUCGCGCCGCCGCCAGUACACGCCCAGGCAGGAGGAAGCCACAGAUUUGCAGCCAUGGUGAAUGUUCCGAAGACCAAGAAGACCUACUGCAAGAACAAGGAGUGCAAGAAGCACACCCUUCACAAGGUUACACAGUACAAGAAGGGAAAGGAUAGUCUUUCUGCUCAGGGGAAGCGUCGUUAUGACCGCAAACAGUCAGGAUAUGGUGGGCAGACAAAGCCUGUUUUCCACAAGAAGGCCAAGACAACAAAGAAGAUUGUGCUGAAGCUUCAGUGCCAGAGCUGCAAGCACUACUCACAGCGUGCGAUCAAGAGGUGCAAGCACUUUGAAAUCGGUGGAGACAAGAAGGGCAAGGGAACAUCUCUCUUCUAAUCUUAUGAUACCCAUUUUGUUCUACUCUGGAGUUGUCUGCCAGAAGUUACCCUUGAGAAUGUUUUUCUUAUCCUUGUACUGAGAUGCAUCUACUGGAAUGCGUUAUGGUUUGCAUUUGCAUCAAAUCUUCUGUGAGAUCUAUUUAAUACAUAGUUUUGAUGGAGAUGUGCCUUACGUUUAUUAGUUUGUGAGAUCUAUUUGAUACAUAUGGUUCAUUGAACUGUGACGAUCGCUUCAGAUGAACAUGAGCUUGAUGAACAUUGAGAGAGGUGAACUUCGAAUCAUCUUUUAUAA